AGCAGCUGCCAUGUGGUUGCCGAGUGGGCUCCUGUGCGCUGUAUUCGCGAUACAUGCGUCGACCAGCGCAUCUGCCGGACCUGGCACUGAUGUAGUGGCCAAGUGGAAGGCGAUUGAGGCCAAUGCAAAGUCGCUGGUCCAGAAGCUGAUCAGCAUGUCCUAUCGAGAGGCGCUUCCAUUGAUCCACGAGGCGGAGCUCUCCAGCGAGUGCUUUAUCAGCCUGACCAGCGUUCUCAGGGGCCUGCAGGAGCUCAACACCGAUAUCGUCAGACUGCUGGAUGCAUCAGGAAAAAUCCCCAGUGGUUUCUCCGACGGCAGCCUGGCGGAACUGGGAGACUACGAUCUGUGUCUUCGCCUUGUGGUCCACAAAAGUACGCAGUCCGGCACAGGCGAGGAGCUCUUCCGCGGACAAUACUGCAGCUUCACUCUCGACCCUCCGCUUCCCCCGAGACCACCAGUGAUAAGGAACACCCAACCACUCAUCGACAGCAGCAGUUUCUCCAACCACUCGGCAAUCAAGGAGACCCUCGACGUGUCUUGGGGACUCUACACGACCAGACUCCGGAUGGGCAUCUGUGUACCGGAUCAAUGUUCUCCUCCCGAGAUCCACAGGAUGCUCCAGGCAGUGUCCGAAAAAUUGCUGCUCAGUACCACUCUACUCGGCUGUGAAGUCCGCGAGGUGGCGGUGCUGAACAACUCGCAAAUUGCGUCAAUAAUUAUUCUCGGGUCGUUCAUCGUGAUUGUUUUGGCGGCGACUUCUUGUGACAUCGUAUUGGGCUGCUUAAAGGAUCAGGGCCGCUACAACACCAUGCCAGGUGAAUCGCUCCAAUCGUUCCUAAAGUUAUCCCUUCCGCGGGUCACCUACGAGCUGUUCAAAGUUGGAAACUGCAAUGCCAGCCUCAAGGUGUUCAAUGGCCUCCGAAUUUGCGGCGUCUUUUGGGUGGUGGCUUUCCACACGUACAUUUACCCGGACAUCGGCACAUACCGCGCUCUCAGGGAGCUCCAAAAAAAUGCCAUCUACAUUCCGUUCCAGCUCAUUAACAACGCUUGGCUUUGUGUCGACAUGUUCUUCUUCAUCAGCGGCUUUCUAAUAGUAUAUAAUCAGCGGAAGAUUCCAUCCAAGAUUUCUUCAUGCCGCUUCUACGUGAAAAGCUUGAUUCAACGAUACUGGAGGCUCAUUCCUCUGGCCAUGCUAGUGAUGCUUAUUCUGUUCCUGGAGCCAUUGUUCGGGUCUGGUCCCAUUUGGAAAGAGAAGAUGAAUUCCGAAGUACGCAACUGCGAGCUUCACUGGUGGUCGGUGCUUGGAGGAUUCUCCAAUUUCUUCCACGUCGAUGACACGUGCAUUAUACACUUCUGGUACAUCAGCGCUGAUCUUCAAAUUUACGCUGCGGCUGUGGCCUUGUCCCUCCUAUCCAUUAAGAAGCGGCGGCUGAGCAUCAUGAUAAUGCUCGCCUGUGUCGUUGCAUCGAUGGUCAUGGUAGGAGUGCAGACAUACCUCAGCGAGUACCCACCGACCAUGUUUCUGUUCGCCAGAGAUGUAAAGUUUGCUCUCACUAUGAAUCGCUGGAUGUACCUGCUGCCACACGCCCACGUAGGUCCCUACUUCCUUGGUGCACUCACUGCCUUUGCCUAUGAGCGAUACCGACAAUCCAAGAUCCCUGUGCCACUGCAGUCCGUCCUCUGGGCUUUGUCGCUGCUGUUCAUCGGGGCAUCACUCUUUGCUGCCGCUCCCUGGGGUCUGGGGGACUUGCCGCCUCUGCACGUGACAAUCGCGUAUGCCAUCACUCACCGCAUCGCCUGGGCGCUGGGCUUGGCCUGGAUUGUUUUCGCCUGCGCAACAGGAAAGGGGGGCGUGGUCAACUCGCUGCUGUCCUGGGAUGCCUUGGUUCCGCUGGGGAGGAUGUCCUAUUCAAUAUACUUGGUGCACGCAUACUUGGUAUUUUACAAGGCCUGGACAAUCCGACAGCGCAUCGAAAAUCACCACUUCCAAAUUAUGUCUUCAGCUGUUUCCAGCUUCAUGAUGGCAAUAGCAGCGGGCUACCUGGUGUACGUGUUUCUUGAGCAGCCCUUGGUUAUCGCCUGGGCCAUGGCCAACAAGCGGCUUAACGAGCGCGUCACGGAGGCAGCAACGAGCGCUGAGAAAAGCCCUGGCGCCCUCCCGGUGAUUGUGGAAUCGCAGCACUCACCGAACUACCGAGGUUGAAAGUGCGCAAACACCGUUCACGAUGCGGAUAAAUCUGUGCUCGAAGGGGGAACAUCUGUUCGUCCACUACGUGCUCCCAAAUCCCCCCAGGGGUGCAUUCUGUUUGCGUGAAGAGACCAGGGUACACAAACGUUAUAGGGACGCAGCAGUCGCUCGAGACAGAAUCCGAGCAGUCACAAUGACUAUCACAACGACAUCUCGAUCCCCAGAUCACCGGCAGUUAGGUAUUGAUAUGUGUUAUCACGUUUUGUGAAUGGGCUCCAUAUACUUCCGUUAACAUAACUCUCCAGGAGGAUUCGCGAGUGCUCCUCGUAAGGCAGAUAUUUUGCCAAAAUUUACUGGUGUGGCUGCUCUUCACACGGAAUGUUUUAGCACGUCAUUCCACUAAAAGAUAAAUCAUUUACAGAUCACCUUUGACCGGACUGCUGAUGAAAGGUUUUAAACCAAACUUAUUGGUACAUAUUACUUGACAUUUUGGGGACUCUACGAAGAGACCUGACUAGACGAACGCGAGGCGCAAACAUGAACGGGCAUUUAUUCGAUACACACACGUAUAUAUAAAAACGCAAGGUGGGCAAACGCUAAAAAUUUGACUCUUGAGACUGCAAAAACAACAUUUAUCUUGUUUAUCUUCUUAUUUAUGUUGUGCAAAGUUAUCUUGUUCCUCAUAUACUUCGACACUGAACUAAGGACGGGAUAGCAAUCCGGUCACCCACUAGACAACCUGCGGCUACACGCCUUAUUUUGAUCAGUACGAAAUCCUAAAAUUACCAGGGCAAAGGAAAAUUAAUAUAAAUGUUCGAGGCACACGCAAUUUGCAGGAGUAGUGAUGUGGGCGUGCUGGUAUGGCAUCUUGAUCCGAGUUUAUUAUAUUGAAUAAGACUGUACACAAGAAGACAGACAGCACAUACUAGGCGCUAGCUUCUAACAAUAUAUUAUUAUCGAAAAAGUGGUUGUACUUCUAUACGCCGUCCGUUGAAUCACCCUCACGUUUAAACGUCAAAAAGUUAUAGCGACAAAAUUUUUAGUGAUAGCUCAUGUCAGGCGCAAAACAUUAUUCUCUAUUCCAAUUAUGUCGAAUUCCUUAUUGCACAGAGCUAUUUAUUUAUUUAUUUAUUUAUUUAUUUCAGAUACCCUCAUGGCCCACAAGGCAAUAUUGAGGGGAGUGGUACACACAUUUCAAUAGAUUUGUUACAAAAAGAGACAACGCAUAUAUACAAAAUAUAUAUAUGUACCCGCCGUGGUUGCUCAGUGGGUAUGGUAUUAGGUUGCUGAGCACGAGGUCGCGGGAUCGAAUCCCGGCCAUGGCGGCUGCCAAGGUGCCACCAAGAUAAGUCAUAAAAUUUCUUGAUUUUUAAUAUACCUUCCGGAAUGGCAUGACGUGCUGGUGCUGCAGCUAUAGGACCAAUAAACCGUUAUUGGCAUAUCUUCCGCCCAUUACAAAUCGAUAAAAACUUGUAUACAUAACCCGCUUAAAAAAUCGUAGCUGCCUCAAAUCGGCGAAGCGAUCACAAUGCAGGCGACGUGCCUACGUGAUGCAGGUUAUCCCAGUCAAGUUCUUGUGUCAGCUGCAGACGGGCUGCUGAAGCAAGUGCAAGAAACUGAAACCACCGAUCGUCAGCAGAAAUAAAGUAAUAAGAAAGCAAUAAGAAAGUUGCAUUGAUAUCAAAUAUCCGCCGGUUAUAGCACAGCCUAAAGAAAAUUGCAUGGCACGGUAGCACUGAUGUGGUUUUCUCUGCACCUAAAAAACUAAUCAGCCUUUGCAGAAAAACAAUGCCUGGGAAGAAACAGAGUGAUUAGUGCUGUCAAGUAAAACACAAGAAUUAGUAGAAUGCAAAAUUUCAAUUAUCUAUCGCAUCCCUCUAACGUGCGGAAAAUGUUACGUCGGGCAGUGAGGCAGAUGUGUAAACGACAGAUUGCUUGAAUACAGAGGUAAUAACGGGCAAAGUGACGUCAGACAACUUUCUCGCCCUCCAUUGCAAACAGCGUCAGUGCUUCCCCUCCUUCUCCUUCAUUCAAUUGGCAAUACUGGUAGAAGUCAGUGCGAAGUGGCUGGAGUGAUAAUUGAAGCUGAACAGAUUGCUACUAUUAGGGAAGCAUGCGUCACUAAGCCGUCGCUAACUCUGUCCAAUGGAAAAUUGAAGUUUUUGGGCGUGUCAUGCGCUAUUACUAAAAAUGUUGUCGCUUUGAUUUUAGGGACACGUACACGUUUCUGUGACUGAUGUGACAGAGCAUAUAAGUACAAUCUGGUUUUCGAUAAUAAAGCUUUGUUGAAAAUUA